AUGGAGAAGUUUCUAAGAAGGAGAAAUGCAAACUCUGAGCAGGGCUCUGGACAAAAUGCUGACCCAGACGAAGGCCCUAGUAUGCGUGGUGGACAACAGAAGAAAGACAAGAUGGUUAGCUCAAGGCUUUACAGUGAAAGCUACCUGUCAUUUGGAUUCACUUUCACCGGGGAUGCAACGGCACCGUCGCCAUUAUGCCUGGUGUGUGGCGAGAAGCUAGCUAACAGCGGCAUGGUGCCCAGCAAGCUUAAACGGCAUCUACAAACAAAACACCCGUCCCUUCAAGACAAGCCGGUGGAUUACUUUGUACGCUUACUUAAAAACACAGAGAAACAGGCAACUUUUUUGAGGAAAACCACAACGGUAAAUGAGAGAGCCCUUAAAGCUAGCUACCUUGUUGCUGAACUCGUAGCUAAAUCAAAAAAGUCACACACGGUGGCAGAAACAUUAAUACUGCCUGCCUGUAAAGCCAUUGUUAAUGAGGUGCUUGGCCCUGACGCCGCCAAAGAAAUCGCUAAAGUCCCUCUCUCGGAUAACACAAUUGCCAGACAUAUUAAUGACAUGUCUGCAGACAUCGAAACUGUUGUUUUGGAGAAGAUACACGUCAGUAAGAAAUUUGCAUUGCAACUCGAUGAGUCAACGGAUAUUAGUGGACAUUCUCAGCUCUUGGCCAAUGUGCGUUUUGUGGAUGGAGAUGCAAUUCGAGAAAACUUCCUAUUUUGCAAGGCACUGCCAGAAAAAACAACAGGAGAGGAAAUUUUUCGGGUCACAUCGGAAUAUUUUGACAAAGGAGGGUUGACGUGGGAAAACUGCACAAGUGUUUGCACUGAUGGAGCAGCAGCCAUGGUCGGGCGCAUCAAAGGCUUCGUAAGCAGAGUGAAAGAAAAAAACCCAAAUGUUAUCGUUACGCACUGUUUUUUACACCGUGAGGCUCUCAUUGCAAAGACCUUACCAGCAGACCUGGCUCAUGUGUUGGAUGAUGUUGUGCGUAUAGUGAACUUUGUGAAGUCACGACCUUUGAAAAGUCGCAUGUUUGCAUCUUUGUGUGAGGAAAUGGGAGCGGAGCAUAAAACGUUAUUGCUUCAUACGGAGGUCCGAUGGUUGUCGCGCGGCAAGGUGCUGGCCCGUGUGUAUGAGCUGCGAGAGGAACUUAAACUAUUUCUGAUAAAUGAGAGGCCUGAUUGCUCAAAGCUGCUUGCAACUGAUGAGUGGUGUGCAAAACUGGCAUACCUGGCUGAUAUAUUUCAUCAUCUGAAUGAACUGAACACACGGAUGCAAGGCCGGAAUGAAAACCUGCUUACAAGCACAGAUAAAAUGAAUGGAUUCCGUUUAAAGGUACAGCUCUGGCAACAACAUGUGCAGCGUGGCAACCUAGGGAUGUUCCCACUCACCGAGAAACGGAGCGAUGUCAACACUGCUGCACUGUGCGAGGUGAUAGGCACACAUUUGAAAACGCUUCAGGAGAAGUUGUCAUUUUAUUUCCCCUCAGCCUGCACAGAACAUCUCGACUGGGUGAGGGACCCAUACAGCUCAGCAUCAGUUGUUGGAAUGGACAUGACUUUACAGGAGCAAGAGCAACUCAUUGAACUGAAACAAAAUCGUGGUUUGAAGCUAAACUUUGCUGAUCUUCCUUUGGACAGUUUUUGGUUAACUGCUGCCAAGGAGUUCCCCAUUCUGGCCAACAAAGCUGUUUCAACAUUGCUCCCAUUUUCCACAACAUAUCUAUUUCCUGCCAGAAUAUCAUCCUUGUGUUCAUCUAAACAGGCCCAGGGGUCACACUGA